AUCAAAGAUAAUAAUAAAAGAAGAUAGAGGGUAGAAAUUGGUUUUGUUCACGUCUCACAUUAAUUAAUUAAUUAAUUAAUUAAUUAAUUAAUUAAUUAAUUAGAGUCGCAAACUGUUUCUAUAUAGAAAAAAUUGAAAUAGUUUUAGAAAAUAUAUAAGAACGGUGCGUUUCGAUUACACUGCGACCGUUUUUAUUUUCUCAGAAUCUGCACGGUUCUUCUUCUUGUUCUUCUUCAUUGAUCGGAAUUCUUAACUCACAUCAACGAUCUUCUUUUCCGGCAAGUCUGCACCCGAGUCAACACACAGAGUCGGCUAAAAACUUUGACUCGAACAAUUCAGUGAGUUGACUCACGAUUUUGACAACAGUGCUGAAACAAACCAACCAAAACGCGUUCAUUCAUUGCCCUCACCAAUUUCCUCAACUAACCCUAAAAAUCUUGUCUUUUUUCAUUUCUGUUAUUGGGUUUGUGAUGGGUAAUACAGAGUUUAAGAAAAAGAAGGGUUUUGGAGCGAAAUGGGUUUGGGUUGUUGUUCCUCUUAUUGCUGCCAUUGUUGCAAUUGCGGUUUCUUCCAAAACUUCUUCCAAAAUUUCUCUCUUUGGAGUCAUUGGUAAAGCUUGUCAGUGUACCCGGGGUACACCAAAGUAUAGUGGUAUGGUGGAGGAUUGUUGUUGUGAUUAUGAAACUGUGGACAAUCUUAACAAGGAAUUGUUGUACCCAUCUCUCCAAGAGCUUGUGAAAACACCAUUCUUUCGGUAUUUUAAGGCCAAGCUAUGGUGUGACUGCCCUUUUUGGCCUGAUGAUGGUAUGUGCCGGUUGCGGGACUGUAGUGUAUGUGAAUGUCCAGAAAGUGAGUUCCCAGAGUCAUUUAAGAAGCCUAAACGCCUUCCAUUGAAUGAUCUUGUCUGUCAAGAAGGAAAACCCGAGGCAGCUGUUGACCGUACGUUGGAUAGUAAAGCUUUCAGAGGAUGGACAGAAAUAGAUAAUCCAUGGACGAAUGAUGACGAGACAGACAAUGGUGAGAUGACAUAUGUGAAUCUUCAACUGAAUCCUGAAAGAUAUACUGGUUACACCGGUCCAUCUGCAAGAAGGAUAUGGGAUGCUGUCUACUCUGAGAACUGCCCCAAAUAUCUUUCGCAAGAGUCGUGUCAGGAGGAAAAGAUUUUGUAUAAAUUGAUAUCGGGUCUUCACUCCUCCAUAUCAGUACAUAUAGGUGCUGAUUACCUACUUGAUGAAGCUACAAAUAUGUGGGGACAAAAUCUGACUUUGUUGUAUGACCGAGUCCUACAAUACCCCGAUCGUGUCAGAAAUUUGUAUUUCACGUUUCUCUUUGUCCUGCGAGCAGUAACCAAAGCUGCAGAUUAUCUCGAGCACGCUGAGUACAAUACGGGUAAUCUUAAUGAGGACCUUAAAACAGAAUCCUUGAUAAAACAGCUGCUUUACAACCCCAAGCUUCAAGCUGCAUGUCCUGUUCCAUUUGAUGAAGCUAAGUUGUGGAAAGGCCAAAGUGGACCUGAGCUCAAACAAAAAAUUCAACAUCAAUUCAGAAACAUAAGUGCAUUGAUGGAUUGUGUGGGUUGUGAGAAGUGUCGAUUAUGGGGAAAGCUUCAGGUUCUUGGUCUCGGAACUGCAUUGAAGAUUCUCUUCUCUGAUGAUGGUCAAGAAAAUCUGGUUCAACCACUGCAGCUACAAAGAAAUGAAGUAAUCGCAUUGAUGAAUCUUCUCAAUAGACUGUCAGAAUCUGUCAAAUUCGUUCAUGAAAUGGGACCUACCGCCGAAAGAAUUACGGAAGGACAUCUUUUCAGCCAUACAAAGCUUAUUAGUUCCUUGAAAAAAAUAUGGUCCAGUAUACUUCAAACUUAGAGGAAGCAGUUGGUGUGACAGUUAGGUUUUCAAUUACUCACAUUGCUCCAAGAGAUUAGGCUUAGAAAACCAUGAUCAUGGUUUGACAUUUUCCAAGGAUGUGAAAGUAAUGUAUGUAACAUGUUUACAAAAUAUAUAAUAAAUAAUAUUUGAAUACAAAGAUGAAAGUAAUAGAAAAUGUGUUAUUUGGGAUGAAAA